CAUAAGCAGUCUAAAAUCGGACGGAUCAGCUGGGGAUUUGAUAACAGGCUGUGUUGUACGAGCUGGUCCAUAAGCGUUUCUUACCUACUAUGUGCAUUAUAUAGUUAACACGAGAGCAUUUGCAAUAACUUUUGGAGGUUUGCAGAUCGCAAGAUAUACCCCAAAACAGCGUCGUAUGCGUUUUGUUUUGAGUGGUAUGUAGACUUCUCGCUCAUAUAUACUUUGCACACUGUCACCAAACCUUUUCAGUCCAAGGCUGUGUUUUCUGACUUAUUGGUCCGGAGAUGAACAAUAAAUUGAUUUCAGAGCAAGUAGAUGGAGCUACAAGACUUGGUCAUGAGCAGCUUGCUAAAGGGAACAUUGACGAGGCUUGCAGUUCGUUCGAAAAAGCCGUUCAACUUGCAGAAAGCUUGAAAGAAGGGUUUACGGAAAGAGCUUGCUAUUUCAAUCUUGGAGCGUGUUAUGUUGCACGUGGGGAUCCUAAACGUGGCGUGGAAUACUUAAAGAAAUCUUUUCCGCCCGAUAAAGAGUCGGACGGAAGGACAAAUUAUGCAGAUUUGCAGUACAAUUUGGGAACUGCUUACGAUGCUUUGAGCGACAUUCAGAAGGCUGUGGAAUGUUACGAGAUCGCUGCUGAAGAAUAUAAAGCUCAAGAAAACUUGGAAAUGCGAGGAGAAACUCUUCUCAGACUGGGUAAAGACUGGACGAAUAUCGGCGACCUGAAAAAAGCUGCAGAAAUUUACCAACAAUGCGCCGAUAUAUUCCAGGAAAUGGGAGACAAAAAUACUCAGUUACUUAUUUUGAACAACCUUGCUAGUUUGCUUGGAGAAGUUCGGGACAUUGCAGCCUGUGGUAAAGUGCUUGCGCAAGUUAUUGAACUUUGUCAAGAUGUCGACGACAAUGCUUUGAAAUGUAAAGUUUACAAUGAUAUUGGUCUAGUUUACAGUGGAUUGAAGUCUUAUGAGAAUGCAGCAGAAUGCUUUGAACUGGCAAUUCCCCUCAUGCGUACCGAGAGUACAAACAAGGAACUAGAAGCUGUUCUUCAACAAAAUUUAGGAGCUGUGUAUAAUCAACUUAAGCAGUUCAACAAGGCAAUGGAGUGUCACAGGCAGGCAGUCACCCUUCAUGGUGAGCAUUCAAACAGGGAAGCCCAAGGACAAUCCUUCUGUAACAUGGGGUUUGCUCAAAGUCAGCUUGGAGAAUACAACAAAGCUGGGGAGAGUUUCUCACAUGCAAUUCAGGCAGCCAAAGAUUCUAAUGAUAAGAAAGGCUUGUGGCAAGCUUAUGAGGGGUUGGCAGCAGUUAGCUUUCUGGGCCGGGAAUAUGACAAAGCAGUGGAGUAUUAUAAGUUGGCUUUGUCUGUUCUUUCAACUACUAAUGAUGCAAGCCCUGAACAUAACAACAGAAUUGUCAGCAAACUUACAAAUGCAUUAGAAUGCCAGUUGGUUUUGUCAAAGCAAUUGAAUGGUAGGCUACCACCCAUAAGAUUGAACAGUGUGAAAAGUGAUGUUGUAGACAAUGUCGAGAAGGUUAAAAAGAAAGGAAAGCGAAUUGGCAAAACACGUUCAAGACAGGAGCAUCACCAGCUGAUUGCUAGAGGAAUUGAUGGAGAUCAAACUACCUCAGAGGAAUCUGAAGGAUCAGGUUCAGGAGAGGAGUCCACUUCUAGUGAUGAAGAGGUGCAAGAGAAUGAACAAGCUGUCAAGGAUCAUCAUUUCGUCCAAAGGGUGAUAACUACAGAAGCUGAAGUUCAUCAUGAAAGAAAAACAGCCAAUAGGGAAAGGAAAAUGACAUCUACAAGUUCCACUGAGGAAGAACGUGUCAUCAGGGAGAGGGAAAGGAGGGAGAGAAAACACCGCCAAUCACAGAAAGCUCGAGAUUUGGCAUCCAGAGAACCACUGAAGUCAACACAAGGAGACAACAUCUAUGAGCAGGUAACUGAUGACAGAGUGGCCUCCCCUGCGAGAAGUGAUUACUCUGAUGAGAUGCCACGGGCACACAGAGAAGCAUACUUGGCUUCAGUCCAGGCUUCCUCGUCACACAAGCUAGACUCACACAGAUCACAAGAGGAACAAAUUGUCCAAUCCAGAACUUGUGUUAUUCAGUAAUUAAAACAAUUAUACUAAUAUAACAGCUUUUAUAAUGGGUUUUGUGCAAAGGAGGUAUAUAUGGCUUAUGAGGUGAUUUUGAAAAAAAAACUAGAAAUUGUGACUCAAGCAUUGGUAAACCUCAACUAUAAAACAGUCAAAAGGGAGAAUCUUCAUCAAAUUUUAGCAAAUGCUCUAUGAAGGAAACUUGGCUGUUAUCCUCCUAUUUAAGGAAUCACAAAGACAUAUACCUUACUCUUGAUGAAAUCAACAGGUUUCUUUAAUAUGUUUCUAUUUUAAUACCACCUUUUUAUGGCUUGUCAAUGGUGUAUCUUUGGAUACAUUAAUACAGAAAUUACAAAAUGGUUUAUGUUAUUUCAACAUAAGUUGUUAUACUGAACAGGGGCUCUAUCUUGGCAAAAAUAUUGAAAUUGGCCCCAAAAAAUCAUUUGCACCUUUUUGGCACAAAAACUUUGUUGUUAUGUGUGUUUGAAAGACAAUUUAAUUUAAUUGAUAUUUUAUGUAGGGCAUGAACAUUUAUUAAGGAAAUAACUACAUAACUUUCAUAUUUAGUGAUAUAGUUUUAAAAUUUCAAGAGUUGUUUCAGUCUGAGGUGAUGCUGUGAAAUGCUCAUAGAAAGAUAAGGUCUUGGUAAUUUGAGUAGGUUGUCUUGUGUCUAAGAAAUUAAACUUUAUACAUACAUUCAAGUUGCAAAGUUUUUUUGUGGGAGGCAGUACUCUUUUAAU